CAAAAAAUAGAUUUGAAAGGGCACAGCUGAGAACUCAUCUUCCUCAAACUGCAGCUCAGUUCAAUUAGAGCAAAGUGAAAUCCUGUUAACCGCCGACGCCAUGGCUCUGGAAGAAGAAGAAGAAUGCGAUUUCUCCGAUUUAAAGCAAUUGCGAGAAUCAGCGAGUUCCAAUCCGGAUGACGCCACUGUCCGUUUCAAUCUGGGGGUGGUGCUAUGGGAGAAGGGGGAGAGAAGGCCGGAAUUGAGGCAUAAAGCGGUGGAGCAUUUCAUGGUUGCAGCUAAACUCAAUCCGCAGAAUGCUGCUACAUUUAGAUACUUAGGUCAUUACUAUGCUCGCGUUUCGCCUGAGCCGCAACGAGCUCUCAAGUGCUACCAGAGAGCUGUUGCUCUUAAUCCUGAUGAUUCUGAUGCCGGAGAAGCAAUUUGUGAUUUAUUGGAUGAGGGAGGCCAAGAUAACUUGAUGAUUGCUGUUUGUCGUGAAGCUUCUGAGAAGUCUGCCAGGGCUUUUUGGGCAUUCCGUCGGCUGGGAUAUCUUCAGGCUCAUCAUAAAAACUGGGCUGAAGCCAUACAGAGCCUUCAACAAGCCAUACGUGGAUUUCCUACUAGCGCUGAUUUGUGGGAGACACUAGGUCUUGCUUAUGGACGAAUGGGUAUGUUUACAGCGGCACUUAAGUCAUAUGGUAGAGCUGUUGAGUUGGACGACUCGAGGAUAUUUGCUCUGGUUGAAAGUGGAAAUAUUUCUUUGAUGCUUGGCUCUUUCAGAAAGGGAAUUGAGCAAUUUCAGCAAGCACUGAUAAUAUCACCACACAAUGUGUCCGUAAAUUAUGGGCUUGCUUCUGCUUUUCUUGGUUUAGCGAAGGAAUGUGUCAAUUCUGGUGCCUUUAGAUGGGGAGCUUCACUUUUAGAGGAAGCAGCUGAAGUUUCCAUGCAUGUUACAUCUUUAGCUGGUAACUUUUCAUGUUCAUGGAAGCUACAUGGAGAUAUUCAGCUUAUGUAUGCCAGAUGUAACCCAUGGACAGAGGAAGCCAGGCCUGAGCAAGUUGAUGAGAUAUCUUUCAAAUCUUCUGUCAGUACAUGGAAAAGGACCUGCUUCAUUGCUUCUAGAAAUGCUAGUCGCUCCUAUCAGCGUGCUUUGCACUUGGCCCCUUGGCUAGCUAAUGCAUAUAUUGAUGUUGCCAUUGCAGCAGAUGUCAGUUUAUCUUUUAAGGAAUCUCCUAAAGAUGAUUGGAGUGUUUGGCCUAUUGCUGAAAAGAUGUGCUUUGGUGGUAUAUUACUCGAGGGUUACAAUGAUGAAUUUUGGGUUGCAUUGGCAUGCUUAUCCAGUAAUGCUGCACUAAAGCAACAUGCUUUGGUGCGUGGAUUACAAUUGGACGUGUCUUUAGCAGUUGCGUGGGCUUACCUUGGGAAGCUCUAUAGACUGGAAGGUGAAAAGAAACUGGCCCAACAAGCAUUUGACCGUGCUAGAAGUAUAGAACCUUCACUUGCAUUACCAUGGGCAGGCAUGUCAGCAGAUGCUGAUGUUAGAAAGUUUGAGCAGAAUGAAGCGUAUGAGUGCUGUCUACGGGCUGUACAGAUAUCCCCGGUUGCAGAUUUCCAGAUUGGUCUUGCAAAGCUUGCGUUGCAUUCAAGUUGCUUGUCAUCUUCCGAGGUCUUUGCAGCCAUCCAACAGGCGUUGCUGCGUAUUCCGCAGUAUCCCGAGUCUCACAAUUUGAAUGGUCUAGUAUGUGAAUCAAGAUCUGAUUAUCAAGGUGCAGUCGCCUCCUACAGGCUGGCCAGAUAUGCUCUAAAGUAUUUUGCAGAUGAAACAUCAGAAUCUCAUUCAGACAAUAUAUCCAUCAAUUUGGCACGAUCACUUUACAUGGCUGGAAAUGCAAGCGAACCAGUUGAAGAGUGCGAACAUUUAAGGCAAAAAGGACAGCUCGACACCGUGGGCCUGCAUAUAUAUGCUUUAUGUUUAUGGAGACUGGGCAAGAAUGAUAUGGCUCUAUCUGCAACAAGAUCACUUGCUUCAAGCAUUUUAUCUAUGGAAGAAAACCUAGCUGCUGCCUCCAUUAGCUUCAUCUGUAGGAUGCUUUACAACAUAUCUGGACAGGAAUCUGCGAUCACAAGCAUUUUGAAAAUGCCCAAACAACUUUUUAGCAGUUCAAAAAUUAGUUUUAUUGUUUCUGCUAUUCAUGUUCUGGACCCAAACAAUCAACUUGAGGCAGUUGUUUCGAGCAGCCGUUCCUUUGUUACAUCUCGUGAAGACAUUAUUUCAAUGCACAUGUUAAUUACAGUUGGAAAACUUCUGAAAAGCGGAAACGAAAACUCCCUUGGAAUUCAAAAGGGAGUAGAUCACCUCAGAAAAGCAGUUCACAUGUUCCCUAACACCAGUGUAUUGAGAAAUCUUCUUGGUUAUCUGUUGCUAUCAAGCAAAGAACCGGGAUAUCUCUGUCUUGCAACCCGAUGCUCUUCACUGGAUUUGUCUGACUAUCAAAAGGAUGAUGGUCUCAAAUCAGCAUAUGAGAUCGUUGGUGCUGGAAAUGUUGCUUGUUAUGCCAUUGGAAGUCCAAAUCAAAAGUUUCCACUACCGACCUGCAGACGUCAAUGCCAUUCGGGAUCUGGGGCCAUUCAAGUGCUGCAAAAGUAUUUGCAUCAAGAGCCUUGGAACUUCAAUGCAAGGUAUUUACUUACGCUAAACUGCUUACAGAAGACUCGUGCAGAAAAAUUUCCUCAGCAUGGUUGCCAUGUUGUAGAGCGGCUAACAGCUGUGGCUCUGUCUGAUCAAAAUUUCUCUACCAAAGAUGUAUCAAGGCAAUAUCAGAAUUUUCAGCUUCUUCUCUGUGCUGCCGAGGUUAAUCUGCAACAAGGCAAUAAUACUGAAUGCUUCAGACUUCUGAGAGGUGCCUUAGGCGCAUCACUUCAUAGUACCCAUCUCUUUUUCGCACAUUUGCUACUUUGCCGUGCAUAUGCCUCUGAGGAUGAUUUUGUGAACCUGCGCAAAGAAUACAAAUAUUGUUUGGAGCUUGGAACUUAUUCUCACAUUGGCUGGAUUUGUUUGAAGUUUAUUGAAUCCAGAUAUGGCCUGCAAGAUGAUUCUACCGUUUUAGCUCUAAAAUUUGAAGAUUGCUCCAAAGAUCUCAAGACGUCAUGGAAUAUAUGGGCGGCUCUGUUUAGUUUGGUGCAGGGUUUGAUUUCUAUAUCGCUUGGUGAUUUUGUUGCUGCUGAAGAAUUCCUUUCACAAGCAUGCUGUGUAGCUGAUGACGAGAGUUGUUUCUUUCUUUGUCAUGGCGCCAUUUGCAUGGAGCUUGCCAGACAGAAGUGCGAGUCACAUUACAUAACACGUGCCAUAAGAAGUCUGAAGAAGGCGAAAGAUACCUCUUCUGAUCCUUUGCCUCUUGUUUCACUGUUGCUGGGUCAAGCAGAAGCAAGCCUUGGCUCAAAAGAAAAGUGGCUCGUCAACCUUCGCGAUGAAUGGUUUUCUUGGCCUCCAGAAAACCGAUCUGCUGAGCUCCUAUUUCAAAUGCAUUUGCUAUCUAGAGAGUCUUCUCAUGGUGGCAGUACGAUGAGAUGGAUUCUACGAGCCAUCCAUAUGAAUCCUUCGUGUUCGAGAUAUUGGAAGUUCUUGUUAAAGGAGUAUGACGACUCUCAAACCUAGAAUCAGGUGAUCGGAAAUGGCCCUAUUGCAGGUUCGUUUUCUCCCUUGCAGAGUUUAGGUUUAGAACGAGGUGGAUGUAUCCGUAACACUCGAGUUCCUGUUACUAGCUGUAUAGAUACUACAAUGUCGUUAAACACAUGCAUUUUGGAAAAGGUGCAGGAACUGCAACUACUACUUUUAAAUGGAUCAAUACUUCUACUUUUCUACAUUGAUUA